CCGGCUGAGGCGCGCGGGAGGGAAGGAGGCGAGGGCUCCGCCGCGCUGCCGCCGCCGCCGCUCGCGGGGAAGAGAUGGCGGCGGAGCGGAGAGCCCGGCGACUCCUCAGCACCUCCUCCUUCUGGCUCUGCUGCCUGCUACUGCUCGAGCGCCGGGCGUCGGGCGCCGCGGCCGCCAGGAGCGGCUCCCCGCCGCAGUCCCCAGGAUCCAGCAUUCGGACAUUCACUCCAUUUUAUUUUUUGGUGGAACCAGUGGAUACCCUCUCAAUUAGAGGCUCUUCUGGUAUACUAAACUGUUCAGCAUAUUCUGAGCCUUCUCCAAAAAUUGAAUGGAAAAAAGAUGGAACUUUUUUAAACUUAGUGUCAGACGAUCGACGCCAGCUUCUCCCAGAUGGGUCUUUAUUUAUUAGCAAUGUGGUGCAUUCCAAACACAAUAAACCUGAUGAAGGUUAUUAUCAGUGUGUGGCCACUGUUGAGAGUCUUGGAACUAUUGUCAGCAGAACAGCCAAGCUCACAGUAGCAGGUCUUCCAAGAUUUUCCAGCCAACCAGAACCUUCUUCGGUUUAUGUUGGGAACAGUGCAAUUCUGAAUUGUGAAGUUAAUGCAGAUUUGGUCCCAUUUGUGAGGUGGGAACAUAACAGACAGCCUCUUCUUCUGGAUGAUAGACUUAACAAACUUCCAAGUGGAACACUAGUUAUCAGCAACGCAACUGAAGGAGAUGGGGGACUCUAUCGCUGCAUAGUUGAAAGUGGUGGGCCACCAAAGUAUAGUGAUGAAGUUGAAUUAAAAGUUCUUCCAGAUCCUGACGUUACAUCAAACUUGGUAUUUUUGAAACAACCUUCUUCCUUAGUCAGAGUCAUUGGUCAGAGUGCAGUGUUACCAUGUGUUGCUUCGGGACUUCCUACUCCAACCAUCAGAUGGAUGAAAAAUGAGGAAGCACUUGACACAGAAAGCUCUGAAAGAUUGGUAUUGCUGGCAGGUGGUAGUCUGGAGAUCAGUGAUGUCACCGAGGAUGAUGCUGGCACUUAUUUUUGUAUAGCUGAUAAUGGAAAUGAGACAAUUGAAGCUCAAGCAGAGCUUACAGUACAAGCUCAACCUGAAUUCCUGAAGCAGCCUACUAAUAUAUAUGCUCAUGAAUCUAUGGAUAUUGUAUUUGAAUGUGAAGUGACUGGGAAGCCAACUCCAACUGUGAAGUGGGUCAAGAAUGGGGAUAUGGUUAUCCCAAGUGAUUACUUUAAGAUUGUAAAGGAACAUAAUCUUCAAGUUUUGGGUCUGGUGAAAUCAGAUGAAGGGUUCUAUCAGUGCAUUGCUGAAAAUGAUGUUGGAAAUGCACAAGCUGGAGCCCAACUGAUAAUCCUUGAACAUGAUGUUGCCAUCCCAACAUUACCUCCCACUUCACUGACCAGUGCCACUACUGACCAUCUAGCACCAGCCACAACUGGACCACUGCCUUCAGCUCCUCGAGAUGUCGUGGCCUCCUUGGUCUCUACCCGCUUCAUCAAAUUGACAUGGCGGACACCUGCAUCAGAUCCUCAUGGGGACAACGUUACCUACUCUGUCUUCUACACCAAGGAGGGGAUUGCUAGGGAACGUGUUGAAAAUACCAGUCGCCCUGGAGAAAUGCAGGUAACCAUCCAAAACCUAAUGCCAGCGACUGUGUACAUCUUUAGAGUUAUGGCUCAAAAUAAACAUGGCUCCGGAGAGAGUUCAGCUCCACUACGAGUAGAAACACAGCCUGAGGUUCAGCUCCCUGGCCCAGCACCUAACAUCCGAGCGUAUGCAACUUCACCUACUUCCAUUACUGUCACCUGGGAAACACCAUUGUCUGGAAAUGGAGAAAUUCAGAAUUACAAACUGUACUACAUGGAAAAAGGAACUGAUAAAGAACAGGAUGUUGAUGUUUCAAGUCACUCCCACACCAUUAACGGGUUGAAAAAAUAUACAGAGUAUAGUUUCCGAGUGGUGGCCUACAAUAAACAUGGUCCUGGAGUCUCCACACAAGAUGUUGCUGUUCGAACAUUUUCAGAUGUUCCCAGUGCUGCUCCUCAGAAUCUGUCUUUAGAAGUAAGAAAUUCAAAGAGUAUUGUGAUUCACUGGCAGCCACCUCCUCUGGCCACACAAAAUGGGCAGAUCACUGGCUACAAGGUUCGCUACCGAAAGGCCUCCCGAAAGAGUGAUGUCACUGAGACCUUGGUGACUGGGACACAGCUGUCACAGCUGAUUGAAGGUCUUGAUCGGGGGACUGAAUAUAAUUUCCGAGUGGCUGCUCUAACAAUCAAUGGUACAGGCCCUGCUACUGACUGGCUGUCUGCUGAAACUUUUGAAAGUGACUUAGAUGAAACUCGUGUCCCCGAAGUGCCUAGUUCUCUUCACGUCCGCCCACUUGUCACUAGCAUCGUAGUAAGCUGGACACCUCCGGAGAAUCAGAACAUUGUGGUCAGAGGUUAUGCCAUUGGUUAUGGCAUUGGCAGCCCUCAUGCCCAGACCAUAAAAGUGGACUAUAAACAGCGCUAUUACACCAUCGAAAAUCUGGAUCCCAGCUCUCACUAUGUGAUUACCCUGAAAGCAUUUAACAAUGUGGGUGAAGGUAUCCCCCUCUAUGAGAGUGCUGUGACCAGACCUCACACAGUGCCAGAUCCUACUCCCAUGAUGCCACCAGUGGGAGUUCAGGCUUCCAUUCUGAGUCAUGACACCAUAAGGAUUACAUGGGCAGAUAACUCACUGCCCAAACACCAGAAGAUUACAGACUCCCGAUACUACACAGUCCGAUGGAAAACCAACAUCCCAGCAAACACCAAGUAUAAGAAUGCUAAUGCAACGACUUUGAGUUAUUUGGUGACUGGUUUAAAACCAAAUACACUCUAUGAAUUCUCUGUGAUGGUGACCAAAGGUCGAAGAUCAAGCACAUGGAGCAUGACAGCACAUGGGACUACUUUCGAAUUAGUUCCUACUUCUCCACCCAAGGAUGUGACAGUUGUGAGUAAAGAGGGAAAACCUAGGACCAUAAUUGUAAAUUGGCAGCCUCCUUCUGAAGCCAAUGGCAAAAUUACAGGUUACAUCAUAUAUUACAGUACAGACGUGAAUGCAGAGAUACACGACUGGGUUAUUGAGCCUGUUGUGGGAAACAGGCUGACUCACCAGAUACAAGAAUUAACACUUGACACACCAUACUACUUCAAAAUCCAAGCUCGGAACUCAAAGGGCAUGGGACCCAUGUCUGAAGCUGUCCAGUUCAGAACACCCAAAGCGGACUCCUCUGAUAAAAUGGCUAAUGAUCAAGCCUCAGGGUCUGCAGGGAAAGGAAGCCGUCUGCCAGACCUAGGAUCCGACUACAAACCUCCGAUGAGCGGCAGUAACAGCCCUCAUGGAAGCCCCACCUCUCCUCUAGACAGUAACAUGCUGCUGGUCAUCAUCGUUUCCGUUGGCGUCAUCACCAUCGUGGUGGUCGUGAUCAUCGCUGUCUUUUGCACCAGGCGUACCACUUCUCACCAGAAAAAGAAACGAGCUGCUUGCAAAUCAGUGAAUGGCUCCCACAAGUACAAAGGGAACUCCAAAGAUGUCAAACCCCCAGACCUCUGGAUCCAUCAUGAGAGACUGGAGCUGAAACCCAUUGAUAAGUCUCCAGACCCAAACCCCAUCAUGACUGAUACUCCAAUUCCUCGUAAUUCUCAAGAUAUCACACCAGUUGACAAUUCCAUGGACAGCAACAUCCAUCAAAGGCGGAAUUCAUAUAGAGGGCAUGAAUCAGAGGACAGCAUGUCUACACUGGCUGGAAGGCGGGGAAUGAGACCAAAAAUGAUGAUGCCCUUUGACUCCCAGCCACCCCAGCCUGUGAUUAGUGCCCAUCCCAUCCAUUCCCUCGAUAACCCUCACCAUCAUUUCCACUCCAGCAGCCUCGCUUCUCCAGCUCGCAGUCAUCUCUACCACCCGGGCAGCUCAUGGCCCAUUGGCACAUCCAUGUCCCUUUCAGACAGGGCCAAUUCCACAGAAUCUGUUCGAAACACCCCCAGCACUGACACCAUGCCAGCCUCCUCGUCUCAAACAUGCUGUACUGAUCACCAGGAUCCUGAAGGUGCUACCAGCUCCUCUUACUUGGCCAGCUCCCAAGAGGAAGAUUCAGGCCAGAGUCUUCCUACAGCCCACGUUCGCCCUUCCCACCCACUGAAGAGCUUUGCUGUGCCAGCAAUCCCUCCCCCUGGUCCUCCCACCUAUGAUCCAGCAUUGCCAAGCACACCAUUACUAUCCCAGCAAGCUCUAAAUCAUCACAUUCACUCGGUGAAGACGGCCUCCAUCGGGACUUUAGGAAGGAGCCGGCCUCCUAUGCCAGUGGUGGUUCCCAGUGCCCCUGAAGUGCAGGAGACCACAAGGAUGCUGGAAGACUCCGAGAGUAGCUAUGAACCAGAUGAGCUGACCAAAGAGAUGGCCCACCUGGAAGGACUGAUGAAGGACCUAAACGCCAUCACGACAGCAUGACGACCUUGACCGGGACAUGACUCCGGACCUGAGUCUAGAAGUCUUGGGACUUAGCCUUGAAAACAAGGAGUUGUACAGAGCACGAGAGGACAGCACUUGAAAACACAGAGUGAGCAGGCCGCCUGGCCAGCACCCCCACGUGGGGCCAGCUCCAGGCCUGGCCGCCUGCCUUCUCCUGGUCGGCCUGGAAGACGCCAUGUCAAGGCAGCUUCCCUUUGCCUGCCAAUAGAUACCCUGCAGGACUGGGCACCAUGGGCCAAAAUUUUGUGUCCAGGGAAGAGGCAAGAAGUGCAACCUCUGUUUCACUUUGUGGUCAGGCUGUGUCUUCAUGCUGCGACGGCAUCGCCUUUAUGGAGUGUAGAUGUUGGCAUUUAUGUACAAUUUUAUUUGUGUCCUAUUUUAUUUUACCUUCAAAAGAAAAACACUAUCAAAAACCAA